AAUAGUGACACAGGACACACACACACACACACACACACUCACACAGCUCAUGAAGAUGCGUCUUCACUUCUGCCUAUAACCACUGAGACUGAAGCAGCAGACCUCAGCGCUGUGAUAUCAGCUGGACAUCUACAGCCACACUAUGUCUCUCAAUGGCUCUGUCGCCCUCAAGUCCUCCAACAAUGACAAGGCGACAACAGUGGACAUCGACGCCAUCAUGGACAACGUCACCAUCGUUCUCUACACUCUGACUGUGGUUCUGGGCAUCACAGGGAACUCUGUGGUGAUCUGGGUGGCGGGAUUCAAGCUCAAGCCAAAGGUCACCAACGUCUGGCUGGUGAAUCUGGCGAUAGCCGACCUGAUCUUCUGCUUCACACGAGUCUUCUCCCUCACGAAGAAGCUCUUCUUUGACUACUGGCCCUUCGGUGUUUUCCUCUGCAAGUUCAACGGCUUCUUCAAAUAUGGCAACAUGUUCUGCUCCGUCUUUCUUCUGGCUGUUAUCAGUUUGGACCGAGCGUUCUGCGUCUGGCAGCCCGUCUUCGCCAAACGACGGCGCACCCUGUUGGUGGCGAGGGUGGUGGCCUUCUGCGUCUGGACCAUGGCAGCGGUCUUCAGCACCCCGUACUUCGUCUACCGCCAAGUCUACCUGGGGAAGAACAACAAGAGUAAAUGUUCUCUGGAAGUGAAGGAGGCAACGGAGGGGGACAACAGCACCAAACUGGCUCUCUACUCCAUCCGCUUCAUGUGUGGCUUCAUGUUGCCUUUCAUGGUCAUCCUCAUCUGUUACAUCCUGGCCGGCGUGGGCAUCCGACGCACCCGCCUGUCGGGGAAAUCCCGCCCUCUACGUAUAUUAGCAUCCCUAGUCAUCGCGUUCUUCCUGUGCUGGGCGCCGUACCACUGCCUCCUGCUGGUCAAGAUGGUGGACAGCAAGAACAAGGUGGUGAAGAUCUGGCACCCUUUGGCGAAGGGCGUCGCCUACUUCAACAGCUGUGUGAACCCGCUGUUGUACUUCUGCAUGGGGCUGGAUGUGAGGGGGCGGUUCAAGCAGAGUCUGGCGGGGGUGUACAAGAGGGCUCUGGCGGACGACGUGGACGGACAGACAACUCAGUCCAACGAGCGCUCUUUGGACGACAGCAGCGGGUCGAGACACACCAAUGUCGUGGUGGCAGGGAGGAGCCAGACGUCAGUGGAUGUAGCCAAUGUCUGAGUCUCUCCCAGUGGUCGCCAAGCUCAGAGGAUCAUACACGUGGUUUUUCAUGUUUUAGUGGAAGUUAAGCAUCAAACAUGUUUCAGAGGGAAACCAAAUCAGUGUACAGGGUAUAAUCACUAGGUGAAUGUAUGUUUGUAUGAGAGGGAGGCUGGGGAAAAGAGGGAUGUAUUCUCAAAAAUUACAUAUAUCAACAUAUAUUUGGCAUAUACCAAGAAGAAUGAAACACUUAGUGAAGACACAACAUUAGAGCUUGGGAAAUGGAUUUUAAAUGCAUUUAAUUCAUUAUUUAACUUUUUAAAAACCAACAAUCCUUAAGAUUUAAGGUGUCGGUUGUGUGCAGUCUUUACCUACAUCAUACCUGGGUUAUUUUAAAAAGAAUGUAUGACAGGGAAUGAUGUUUUAGCUGAUUACAGUCAGAGUUAGAUUGUCUUUAACUUCCUUUGGAUGGAAGUAAAAGAAACAACAAGUCCAAUCUAUUGAUUCAUUCUCUAUAUAUCAUGUUCAUAGUUAGAAAACCCUUUGUUUUAGUAUGACAGUAUGACAGUGUGUACUAGUAUGACUAAUAGGCAGACUGUGAAUGUGCCACGGGUGAUGUAAAAGGUUAAACAAAAGCUCCUCCUUCCAGGCAUCUGCUGAUUUCUUUAUUUCAGGAAGAUACGAAAGUUUAGAGAUGUGAAACUCGACGGUGAGAACAGCAACAUGAAGACGGCAUGUUCUUUAUGUUUGUGCCACAAGACGACAAUGCUGUGAACCGUCUAACGAUAACCACUGCUGAAUGUGCUCUGAAGCAUGGAAGCAUUUAACUCUUUGACACCCACAUCCCAAAUGAGGAGAGUUUAUUAGUACAGCACAUUUUCAACAAGUGCUUUACACUUUGUCUGCUGGAUCAGAUUUUUUUCAUGCAAUUUGCACGAAAAAUCCUCAAUACAAUCGUUCUCUAAAGGCAAAUUCAAGGACUUUCAAGAGUUUUGACCGAAGCCUCCGCUCCCAAGUACAGAAACUCACACAUUUGUUCAUAAUGAGCAAAGAUAUAAAACCACGGGUAUGGUGCUUUAAAUCCUGAGACUCUCCUUUUUUCUAUUGACUGUAAGUUUUAUUUCCUUCCAUACAGCAGUAAAUACUCAUUGCUGCAUUUAAAACACUCCUCUUUGAUAUAAAUGUCUAAAUUAACAUUGAACUUUGUUCGUCGUAACUGCUUUGGACUGCUGUCCUUAUGGUGAAGAGACUGACUGGAUAAAUGAUCUCUAAAUGUUCAUAUACGCAGGUCAGAUUUUCCCUGCAAAACAUGUCUGAGUUGUGUUUGGAUGCAUGUGAUGGAAGUGUCAGAUGAAAAGUGGAACUGUGUUGAGUUUGGAGGGAAAGGAACGAAGGCCGAGGGGAGGAAGUGAGACUAUAAGAAGGAAACACGGUGAUAACUUUAGUCAUGACACUGUUUUGUGUACAGAGGCCACACUGAAGGUUAAACUGAAACUGAAUAAUAAUUUCAUUGCAUGUAAAUAACUAGCCACUUUCUGUGUAUAUUUUUCAUUUCCUAGCAUCAGCGCUGCUCAGACCUGAUCAGACAGGUUUCAUCAGCUGUGAGUGCGCCUGUAACCUCAGCAGAGAUCUGGGCACAGCAUUUAUGGCCUUUACGGGACACAUGCAAGUCUAAUCCUUAGCAACCAGUGCAUAAACCACAGCUGUGCUUGCUCUGCAAGUUACUCACACAUCACUAGAAUACACGUCUGUACAAUCAGUUUAUCGUGGACUUGCUGUUCGUCAGGUUUUAUGGCCCUUUCUGCUCUGCUGUGUUCAGCAGCAGCUGCAACUGAUUUUAGCUCACACAAUGCUACACUCUGAUUUAUAAUUCACAGCAAUGACAGAUUAUAAGCUUCUGAGUAAUGUGACCUUACUUUGUAGACACUGCCUGUAAUAUGAAAAUGAAAGCUUUUACAGAUGUGGGAAUUUACAGUUGUGUUUAAUCUGUUUAACUGUGCAUAAAGGUGUCGACAGAGAUGCACAAAAGCUGCAUCAGAUUUAUCAGUGUUAAGACAAAAUAAUAAAAGUUUUAUCAGUU